AGCCGAGAGAGCUGAACCACAGCUGGAUGCCUCUGCGGACCCAGCUCUGUUUUGCAAGGCAGCCCCAGAGAGGGAGCAGCGGAGAGGCCGGGGGAGGAUCCUGCUGGGAGUUUUUGGCUCCAAAAGGGCCUCUGAAGAGCCUUUCAAGCAGCCUUCAAUCUCCAGGGAAGAGGGUGCCCAGCCUCGGAUCAAGUGUCACUGAGCUUGAAACCCUCAGAACUGGAGUGGGUCUCCUCCACUCCCAGCUUUCUUUAGGAGGGCAGCAGCAGCUGUGCAGGGAGAAAGGGGGGGGAGGGUCUCAGGAAUCUGCCUCUUUUUAGGGACACCGUAAAGGGGCCUGGCUGGGGGUACCUAAUUGGAGGAGCUCCAGGUCAGUAAAAAUACCACCAUAAGUAACGUCCAGCUGGCCUGCGUGAUUCAUAGCCCUUCCAGGGGGAGUUUCCCACCCAGCAGAAGCAGGAUGGGGCCCUUGUUGCUGAAGGAAGAGAAAAUGCGGCUUAUGCCAGGAAUUUGAAGGGUGGUGGAGUCUGACAGGCUGCACCCGGAACGACCCAGCUGUCCUAGCUGGGAGACAGUUGAGGAUUUGCGUAUAUAUGCUGAUGUCGUUUUCUUAGAACUGUUACCGUUUUCAGGAGAUGUCUGUGCCAAUUACAGCAUAGAAUCAAAGCAGCAUUAAGCCCACAAAAUCAAUGAAAAAUGACAACCUGUUAAGAGGCGGCAAAUCGUCUGAUGUCAUUCGUAGAAUCUGUCCAAGCUGCAUCUCUCUGGUUAUCCCUCAAUUACAGGCCCACUUUGUGUGGUGGGUCCACCUGUCUCUUUGCUAGACUUGGUCCACCACAGCCACCGGGACAGACGGUUUCUUAUAGCCCAGCUUCAGAUUCUGCUCUGAUCGGCAUUGGAGGCUUCUGUGGAUUCCAGAAGAUGUGAGGUCUGGUCCGGUGUGAUUCGGUGGAGGCCUGGCUUCCUGGGUGUCUUUCCUGAUAAUUCCUGGAAGUUGGGCUGCUGGACUUUGGAUUGUGUGAAUUAUGAAGUCCUCUCCCAGUGGCUUCCGGCAGCGGAACCAUGUGACCCCCCCCAAGUUGGCAAGACACGAGAGCCCAAAGAACCCUCCGGAGGCCAAGGCUGGGUCUUACGGAGUCACCAUCCGAGUCCAGGGGAUCGACGGCCACCCGUAUCUCGUGCUCAACAACACUGAGGGAUGCUUGUCAGCAAAUCUCCUGGGGCCUGAAAACGGCCAGCAGGUUGCAGCUGAUCAGCCAGCUCCCGAUGCCGCUCUUCCUGCCGUUCAACUCGUCAAGAAAAGCCGCAAAGGAAGUCCCUUUGGCGGGCUCUGGGAUGAUGCGCCACCCAGUUGGAUUACAAGCCUGGACGAAGCCAGCAGGGCAGAGGGAAAGGAAACGGCCUCACCUUUGAAAGCGGAGAUUUCCCCAGCCUCUAAUUUGCUGAACUUCCAGAAAUAUCCGGAGCUGCUUCAACCCUAUAAUCCUGCAAACAGUAUCUUGAGUCUGAAGGACCUUCAGCCUCGCCUGCUGAGCAAAUUCCAGUCUCUUGAGGAGGAGGAGAAAUUGGACGCCAGGCCUCGGACCUCGUCUCUGAAGGUAGCGGUAGGUAGCUCAACCCCCCAAUUUGCAGAACUGGCUAAAUCAAAACCGAAAAUGGUGGACUUGACCAAGCCUGACCAGAACACGCCGCAGCAGCUGGAAAGCCCUGGUGCUGCAGACAGUCCUGGCGGAAAGCCCGCGUGGCUAGCCUCUGGGGCUGGAUCUUCUUCACCUGCAGGGAGUUCCCCUGCCUGCCCAGGUCCCAGGAGGUGCAGACCGGACCUCCUCCCCUUCCGCCAACCGGACUCGGCAGGAGCAGCCCUGAAUGGUUCCCAGAAAUCUUCCUCUUCGUCCACAACUCCGACGUCCGCCGCCUCUGUGUCCAGGUUUUUCCUAGAUGACCAAGAAUACGCCAUCUACGCCGACCACGUCAACCGGCAUGAAAACCGGCGGUACAUCCCAUUCUUGCCCGGAACCGGCCGGGAUAUUGACACGGGAUCAAUUCCUGCAGUCGAGGAGCUGAUUGAAAAGUUUGACGGGAAAGUUUAUCCCCAGAGGAGGGGGAGGUUGGGGUUCAGGACUCGAACUCUUGCACAAAAGCGAUCCAAGAGCGUAGACAGCGCCCUGUCUCAAGGACCCCAUUCCGACUGCCUCGGUGACUUCGCCCGAAGCUUGGGGAGAUCAUCCGAGCGAUUGGUCCAGUCCUCCCGGGCUUGCCUGCAGAAGCCGCUGUCUGCAGAGAAGAAGGCAGCGUCUCCUGGGGAGCAGUCGGCCCCCCGGGCGGCAGGCAAGCUCCAGACAAGCCCAGGGAGGCGAGAGUCUCCCGGCAGCCACUUCAGAUCCCUGCAGCACCUGAGACAAGAUCAAAGGAGCCCCGAGAGUUUGCCUUCGAGGUCUUCCACUCUCCCAAGGCAGCUUAAAAGAAGAGAUCACAGAACCUCCACUCAAGGCUCCUUCCCGGAAAGCACCGAGAGUCCGGCUCCCUCGAUGGGAACUUUUCCUUCUGGUUCGAAACCUGCUCAGGUAACGCCUGACCUGCUCAGGGGCCAGCAAGAACUUGCCCGGCAAAGCAAUGAGGAGACGGCCAAGCAGAUUCUCUACAACUACCUGAAGGAAGGGACCAGUGAAAAUGAGGACGCUACCAAGAGGAAAGUCAACUUGGUAUUUGAGAAAAUCCAGACGCUGAAAUCCAGGGCGGCCGGGAGUCCCCAGGUGACGAAUGACAGCAAGGCGCCUGAGGCUUCAGUGGAAGUCAAGAUGUUGGUGGAAGGGAAGCAGCAGUUGACAAAGAAGGUUUCUGAGCUACAGAGGAAGCUGGACGUGGAACUCAAGAAUCAGCAGAACCUCAAAGCUGAAAAGCAGACGAUGGAGGAAGAGCUUCAGGAGCUCCAGCGACAGCUUCAAGAAAACGUGGAGGAGAAAGACACUUUCAGGAGGCAGCUGAAGGAAAGCGAGAAAGAGCUGAGAGAGAACCUGGAGGAGCUUUUCCAAGUGAAGAUGGAGCGGGAGCAGCACCAGAGGCAGAUCCGGGACUUGCAAGAUCAGCUUUCCGAGAUGCACGAUGAACUGGACAGCACGAAGCACAUGGAGGACAGUGAGAAGGAGCAACUCACGCAGGAGUUGAUGCAAACGAAGCAGGGCCUGCAGGAGAUGCUGGAGCUUAAAGACCACCGAGAGAAGACCCUGGCGAAAUGCGAGCGGGAGCUGGCGGCCCUGAAGGGCGUCUUGAAGGAAGAGAUGGCCAGCCAGGAGCGAGAGAUGGGCCGCCUCAGGGAGCAGCACAUCCGGGAGCUCCAGAGCGUGGGAGACAGUCUGGCCAAAGCCACAGAGAGGAUUGGCUCCCUGUCCAGUGCGAAGGCCGAAGCAGAGAAGGAGCAAAGGAGCCAGGAGGGCCGUGUGGCUGAGAUGGCCGAGCAGAACGGGCAGCUGAGGAAGGCCCUGGCACAGCGGGAGCAGCAGCAACAGGAACUGCGGCUGGAGCUUGAAAUUUUGAGGGGAGGCAAGGAGGAAGCUGAGGGGAGGCUGAGGAGGUGCAUGGGAGAGGUGCAGUCCUUGAGCCGGGCCAAGGAGGAAGCCCGCCAGCUGCUCUCGGCCAAGGUGUCUUUGGACGCCCAGCUGGAGGACGCCCAGAGGAACAUCGGUCGGCUGAGCCAGGAGCAGCAGCAGCUGAUGGGCCGCCUGGAAGUCGAAGCUUCCCAAAGAGAUCAGCUGCAGAAGACAAAGGGCGAACUGGAGAACGAGCGGCGGCAGCUGGACAGAACGGUUGAAAGGCUGCAGAAGGAGAUGGCAGAAGUCCGUAAAGUCUCCCAGGAAUCAACCCGGCAGCUCCAGAAGCAACUGGACGAGUACAAGGAGAAGAGCCAGCAGCAGCUGGUAGAUUCACAGCAGCAGCUGAAGGGCAAAACCCUGGAGCUGGAAAAGGCCCACCAGACAACCCUCAAAAUGCAGGAGCAGGUACGUUUUAUGGAGGAAGAAUUACAGAGUCACAAAACAGCCCAAAAAGAAGCCCUCACCAAGACUCGGCUUCUAUGAACUGGAAACCAAAAGCCACUUGAAAGAAGAUCGGGCAAGACAGGCCAAGAUACUGGAGGACAAGAUAUCCCAGCUGGAGUUGGAGCUGGAAGAAGAACGGAGCAGUUCUGACAUCCUCUCUGGGAGGAUCGGCAGGGGCAGAGAACAGGUGGAGCAAAUGCGGAGUGAACUCCUCCAGGAGAGGACAGCCAGGCAAGAACUGGAGGGCGACAAGGCUGCCCUGGAAAGGCAGAACAAGGAGCUGAGAGGGCGGAUCCUCCACCUGGAAGGCUGUCACAAGCCCAGCAAGGAGGGCCUCCUGGCCCAGAUGGAAGCCCGCCUCCUGGCCCUGGAGGAGCAGCUGGAGAAUGAGGAGAGGGACCGAGCUCGCCUCCAGCUGACCAACCGCCGCCUGGAGAGGACGGUGAAGGAGCUCCUGAUGCAGGUGGAUGACGAGCAUCUCUCCUUGACUGACCAGAAGGACCAGCUCGGCCUGCGCCUGAAGGCUAUGAAGCGGCAGGUGGAGGAAGCAGAGGAAGAAAUAGACAGGCUGGAGAACACCAAGAAGAAGCUCCAGAGGGACCUGGAAGACCAAGUGGACCUCAACGACCAGCUACAAGGACAGCUGACCACCAUCCGGCAGGACCUCAGGCGCCAGAAGAGCUCCAGUAAGCUGCUGAGCGACUUGGACUACGACGAGGACGAUGACUUCAGCACAGAUGGGGGGAGCCUUUUCGACGCCCCCCUGGGGCUGAAGUCCUUCACGGCCGGCGAGGGCAAAGCCAAGCAGGACGCCAGCCAGCCUUAAAGGCCGAGGGGCUCCACAGAAUCAAGGUGCCACCGGCUGCAGGAACCAGAGCACCGGGUGACCCAGGCUCCUUUUUCCGAAAUGCUCCAUGUUCAGAUUUGUUUCAGAAAUAAACUUUUGUGAACAAAAAGGAGCUGGCCUUCCACAGAUUCAGGGAUACUUCCAGCUCUGAGCGCCUGGCCGGCCCCAGACUGCUCCCCUCCCGAGCUCUUCCUUCUCCUUGGAAGCUGUUUCAGACCGAGGAGAGGAAGGAUGUAUUAUCCCUUGUUUACGAGAGCAGAGGAAGGAAUAUACAAAGCAGGAGGGAAGAAUGGAUGUAUUUCUGAAUCAAGAGUUUUCGCAACUCUUGCAACAUUUUUGUGUAGUUUCAUGUUUCUAUAGCGCACAUCAAUAUUGCAGGAAUCUAUAUUAAGUGUCAUAUCAUCCAUAAGCUUUAAAACCCUAUUGCAGUAAACUCCACUUGCUCAGCAAACGUGUUUAUGGGCUGAAGGAGGGCAGCGUGGAAAAAGCUGGACCUUCUGCCAGGAGCCAUUUCUGCUCAGAAAAACUGUUCCCCGCUCCCCGUCUUGGCUUCCUCACUCGGACCUCCAGGGAUCCAUCGAUGCGGGGACCGUUGACGUCCUGAUCUUGCCAGACUUUAGAAAAGGAGCCUCUGGUGGGUUAUAAAGGUCACUGAGAAGCACAUCUGGAAAGGCACUUCUGUUUUCUUGUCUUCUGGCUUUAAUUGUAGUUACCUGUAAGCGGCCUCUGAGUGCACUGGAAGAACUUCCAAGUAUUUGCAAAAGUUUCUAUUUUAACCUGCAUUUUUAUCUUUCCACCAAAUCUUGGCUCUAUUAGGACAAUCUUUAAUGAGGAAAUAAUAGUAUUAGCAGCCCUAUGCAAUUCUUCUCUUCUGCAACUUGUUAAAGUGUUCAAUUCAAAACUGGUUAGCAUCAAAUGCUUUUUCCAGAGUCAGCACUGAGGAUAUUAAAUUCCGACAUAAAAGCGAAUCCUGGAAGCUGCACAAAGGAGUCUCGUCAUGGAAGAACGCAGUUGUCAGCUCCAAGUGAUGCACCCAUAACAAAUCGGACUGCGAGGCAUUGCUUUUCCUGGAAGAACCAAUAUAUCCCUUGAGAGAAAAUAUUUCUCCCAAGAAGCCGGGGCAUCUGGACUUUGUGGGUUCAUGAGGGGAACCUUAAGGAGGGCCUGCUCUGAGCCCCCAGCGGCCUUUGGGCUUCAUUACCUCCACUGGAGACACCGAGAACUGCCUUUGCCUCCCACCCACCAAUCCCAAGGGCCGCCGCACGGGAGGAGCAGAGACGGAGAGGAAGGGAACGGGGGGAGGGAAGGGAAGGGCAGGGUUUUGAUUUGGGAGCCUCAGAUGCA